CUAACUGUAAAUUGCCGCUGUUGCUGUCUCGCUUCCGUGCGCUGCGCCUGCCUGCCAGCCUGCCAGCCUGCUGCUUGUGUGUGUGUGUUUUCUCGACAUUCUCCCUUCCCCCGUCUGCGUCUGGCAUACCACGUCACGUCAGUCCCCGAGAUUGAGAUUGCACAGAACCAGAACCAGAACCAGAACCGAAGUCGAAAAGGAAACGGAAACCGCAUCAUCGCAAUGGCCGAAAACUGCCCCAAGUGCAAGAAAUCAAUCAACGGGAAGGAGGCCGGGUUCAUAAUCUGCAACUCGGACGACUGCCGAAAGAAGUUCCAUCGCACGUGCGUGAACAUCGACGACGCCGUGUACGAUGUCAUCCAGAAGAACCCGAUGGUUUCGUUCAACUGCGACGAGUGCAAAAAUCAAUCGCCACGGGCGCUCUCGUCGAAGCUGCACACCAUCGAGGAGAAGGUGAACAAGGUGUGCAAUGGCAUCAACCAGAUCCAGGGCCGGAUGUACCAGCAGUACUUCCAGUUCGGCAACCAGCCACCCAUGCAGCAGGCCAGCGCUCUGGACACCACCAAGAAGCAUCCGCAGCAGAACAACCUCAUCGUGGUCGGCAACAACUGCAAUUCGGAUCGAUUGCAGGUCGUCUGCGACUACGGCCGCUGGGUGCAGGUGGGAAAAUUCGCCACGAACACCAGCGAGGAGGAUGUCAUCGACCACCUGGCCGAGGAGCUAAAGAUCAACAAGAACCUGGUCAAGUGCACCAAACUGGUCAAGAACGAUGCCAAUCUUUCGCAGCUAUCCUACUGCAAGUUCAAGAUCUCCAUUCCGGACUAUCGCUUCAACGAGCUCUUCAAUGAGGCGAUCUGGCCCAGCGGAGUUAUGGUCAGUCCCUUCACUCCCCGCUCCCAGCUGAAUCAGAAUCGUCUAUAGAGGGAGGGGUACGGCGGCCGGGAGAGUGGUGACACCAGGGUUAGGGUGAAGCCGCCGUGUGAGAAGUGAGAGAGACCGCCGCCGUAACAGAGAGAGAGAGAGAGAGAGAGAGAGAGAGGGAGACCCGAAAAAGAGAGAGAGAGAGAGAGAGUUGGCGCACGGAACUGCAUUGAGGCGGCCUGAAACUCGCAAGGGAUGAUUUCCGGCCAGCGAUAAAAACAACAACUGCAACCGACUGUCGUCGUGCCGUGUCGUGUCGUCGUGUCGGGUCGGGUCGGAGUGGGGGAGUGGGGUUGUUGCCCCCAUUGUAUGCAAAUUUUUGACACUCAAAACCCUUGUCUAAAUCUUUCAAAGCUUACCGAACCUAUCUAAAAAAUGAAAACCAAAAGCAGCAAAUUUAUUGAAUUAACUUUGAAAAUGCAUUUUAAAAUGUUUUAGCGUUGCGUAAAUAUCGACAAAUGAUAGACAAACAAAACUAAAAAAAAGUAUUUUAAUGGCAACUCACAGUAAAAUAGAAUGUGAAGCAAAAUAUUAGUCAUUUAUGCAUAACUGUCGUACUUAAAUUAAAGUAAACCCGCCCCUGCCCCCAAAACUAAGCGUAUUAGACACAGCGAUUAAAAUUGAAACUAAUAUUUAAACCUCCUCCGGAGUUCGGACCGGAAACGAAACCCCAAACCCAAACCCAAACCCAAGCCCCCCACAUUCUUUAUCAAAGAUUAUUUCCUAAACAUUAUUGUACUACUUCCGAAUACGAAUACGAAUACGAAUACGAAUGUGUAUGUAUGUAUGUGUUUAUGUAUUUCCAAAUUGGAAUUCUACAUUAUAUAUAGUUUCACGAGAAAUCGAUAGCAAGUCCUACUAUAUUGCAUGUGUACGGCAUCUAACCAAUUAAGUACUUAACCAAGUAAACAAGUAACCAAACCAAAAGUAUAUUCAAGCAGUCGACGGCUUAUAUUGUAUUGUAUUCGUAUAUAUGUAUGGUAGUUUGAGGCAUUUUCAAAGCUUGUUCCCAACAAAGUUUGGAAAUUUUGCAAACCAAUGCACAGGACACUGGCAAAUUGUAAAACCCGUUUAAAUUCAGAACAGAAAUAUAUGUAUUUGUGUAUUCGAAGGUGUACUAUACUCGUAUAAGCAGGAACAGAAACCGAAACAGCAAAACAAAUGGAACCGAUAUCGGAAUAACCUUAAAAAAAUACAACAAUAACACGGUUCCACACGGCUCAUCAUGUUUGCUGCUUUUUAAUCAAACAAGAAUUCGAUACGAAGCUGGGCAAAUUUGUUGCAAUAUUUACUCAAGAAUCGAGUAUAAUGAGUGUAAUUGAUAUAUUUUUUUACGCGAAGCGAACCCGUUUCGCUCUCCAAACAGCAAUAUUUUCAAUGGCCACGGUCGCGUCGUAGUCAUACCCAUCCGACUCCCAUUUCCCAACGCCCAUUCGAUGUGAGAAUGGGAAAUGGCAGCUGGGGCAGCUGGGGCAGCUGGGGCAGCCGUGCUGUGGUCCGCACCCAAUAAAGUUCAGAACAAACCGUAGAUAAUUAUGCAAGAGUCAGCAAACGAAAUGUAAAACACACAUAUAUUAUAUAUUUAGUAUACAACAAUAUGCAUGCAUGUAUUUAUGUCAACUUUUUCAAUAAAUUCUAAAGAAAAAACAC